ACCAACACUUUACAUGUUGCGUUUAUAUUUCUGUUCAGUAUAUAUCGUUUUUGAUCAUUUUAUUUUCUGUCCCCAACAGGGUCUCCAUACCGGGACAAGAUCACCAUAGCGAUCCUGCAACUGCAGGAAGAAGGGAAGCUGCACAUGAUGAAGGAGAAGUGGUGGAGGGGGAACGGCUGUCCGGAGGAUGAGAAGAAUAAGGAGGCUAGCGCUCUGGGGGUGCAGAACAUCGGGGGUAUCUUCAUCGUGCUGGCCGCAGGGCUGGUGCUGUCUGUGUUCGUGGCUGUUGGGGAGGUCCUGUACAAGUCUAAACAGAACGCAGCGCUAGAGAAGCGCUCUUUCUGCAGUGCCAUGCUGGAAGAGCUGCGUGGCUCCCUGAAGUGCCAGCGGCGCCUCAAGCAGAAGCCGCAGCCGCCGGUCAUCGUCAAGACCGAGGAGGUCAUCAACAUGCACACAUUCAACGACAGGAGACUGCCAGGCAAGGAGACGAUGGCAUGAUGGGGGUCAAAGGUCAAAAAUACCCCUGAAAAGGUCAAAACACAGCCAGAAGAUCUGGAGGGGUUGAAUGAACGUUAAUGUAAUGUUAACAUAACCUGAAACUAUAUUGCAUUGGUCCCCUGCUUUGGUAGUAUGGUAGAGAUGUUUCCUGUGGAAAUGUAGAUGUGUCAACAUGACUGGAGAUGAUGUGUCACCUCACGGUGGCCAACACUUUUCGAGAGGGACUUUUGCAGAGGACAAGUUGAAGGAUUGUGAGAAUGAUGGAUCUUUGAGAUGGAUCUCGAUAGGGACUCGAAGAGGAGAACUCAAAAUGCAUGUCUGUUGAGGCUGCCUUUGUGUUCAAGCUUCACAGUCAGUGACUUUGCACACAUGCACACACACCUGUUCAGAGCAUCAUACCGUAUCUUGAGACCAUAACACCCCAAUAAAUUAGUUGAUGUUGUUUUUUUCUGUUAUGUCAAUUACACUUUUGUCAAAUCUCCGUGUGUGUGUCCAGUUGAUAAAAAUGGAGCUCAUAUCAUUAUGAGAAGGAAUGUUACAAAGUGCUAAAAUGUUGAAUAAGAACUGUAUAAAGAAAAUAGAGAGGAUAAAAUAUGUAUUUAUUUCAUUUGAAAUCAUUGACGUUGAUUGAGCUCCCUAAUACUCAUUGUUUAUCUUCUGUAAUGCCUUUAUCGUGCCAAAGUUCGGGGAUUGUAAAGAACUGACAUAUUACUUUCAAUGCCUCCACAAACAUGCUGUACGGUGUCAAAAAUCACAUUACAGUCUGCCAUUUUGAGUCAAUAUCUACUGUUUUUGUAUACAGACAAAGUUUUGUAGUACUUUCUAUCAUAGUCUAGCAUUCUCUGUGGACUUCACAUAUGUAGCAGGUGGGAGCCCCCUUCCCCCAACAUUCUGACUACUGGUGAUUCAGGGGUCCCUGUUGUGAGAUGACAAGCAUAUCUGGACGUUCUAGAGCUGCCCUCAUCUCCCUACUAAACAGUGGCUGUGUCUCAAUAGUUUUAACUUUCCAUUCCUUGUGUACUUUCCUCUAUGACCACUGAUACUGUAGGACAUGACAGGUGGAAGCAAUAUAGUGGACACCUAUCCAGUCUUUUAUGUAUCAGUGGUCAUGAAGGAUGAGCAUUCAGUCAGAGUGCUCAUUCAGAAUAGGGUGAAGUUGCCCGUAGAUGCUGAUCUUUGGUUACUUUUGCAUUUUUACACUAAAGGUUCAGUUUAGGAUUGGGGAAGGGGAAGAUGAUCCUACAUCUGUGCCUAGGGGAAACUUCAUCCUGGAGUGUCUCAUUUCCAAAUGGGUCCAUCCCCAGAAAAUAGAAUAUAAAAUACAAGGGUCCAUGUUUCUUAAAAUAUUUAUUCUGUACAUGAAUAAAUUAAUGUAGAAUUUGAGUAAUUUCAAAAAACCAUUUAUGAAAAAUACAGGGGGGGACCUAGUUCACAGGCUUUUAAUUUUUUUCCAGUAUUGCUUGCCGUUUUCUACCCUGCUAGAUUCAGUGUUACAAAGUGUAAAUGGUUGAAUAAUUUGGAAGAUUUAUCAGAAAAUAUCCAAUUGUAUUGUCAACAAAAAAAUGAGGUAAUAGAAUGUAUUUGACAUUGAUGCAAGGUUUUGCAAAAAAAA